AUGUGGCGCCCGCAGCCCCGUUCGGGCGGCACCGACAGGCGGCGCCGCGACGGUGGCAGCGGGAAGGAGGCGGCUGGCCCAGAUGGUCUGGAGCACUUGAUACCUUCUGGCUCUCUUCGUAAAAAGAAACUGGCAAAAAGACCUGGAUACAUGAGGCCAGAGGCUCAGCGACAGCUCCAAUUUCAGUCCCUGGGUGCCUGCAAGUCCUUCAGUCCAGAGGAGUUCAAGCAUGACAAGAGGCACUGUGAACAGCUGGAGGACUUCUCUCUCUGCAGAGAACAGAAAAAUAACGUUGAGUUCUUAUGCUGUAGUUCAAUUGCAAGUAGUGCUGUAGUUCUUGCUGAUGGGGUAACAGCUUUGGGCACUACUGUAAAUAUGCCAGGAAGUUGCGAAAAUUUUUCGUGUUCCAAGAAUCCAUGGUCAGAAAACAUAGCAUCAAUUUACCCUGCUGAAACAACAAGCAAAGUUGUUUCUGUAGUAAGUGAUACACGGCAGACGAACUGUGGAACUGAAGUGGGUGAGCCCCUAAAGAUACAUGUGUUGGAUCAGGCAGAAGUGAAUAAUAACUGUGAAUAUCAAAACAGGGACGUUGUUUCUUGUUCUGGUGGUCCACGUGAUAGUUUUCGUUCGAGUUUCAGCUUCAUACAGCUCUCUCUGAAUUCAGCCUCUGGAGUAAGUGAUGCUGAACUCAAGACAAGUGUUCUGCAUCCCAGCAGUGCCAGAGAUCUGCAGGAGCCAGGAGAGGCAACAAAAACUCAGGAGCACUCAGGGGCUUUAUGUUGCUUCUCUAGGCUCAGUGAGGAUUUGAAGCCUGAAAUUGAGAACACAGUAAAUGAUAAACUUCAGGAUUGUGAGACCUUCUCUCUCUCUGAUACGGAUGCAACACUGUCAUAUUCUACAGAUUCCUCAGAUGUGGCAUCUGCUGGCUCCUCUGUUACCUCAGGCUAUGAAAGUAGUUUUACUGUCAGUGACCAAAACUGGGAUACUUUGAUAAAAAGGUAUGAACCAGCACUACUGGACUGCCAGCUUGGCAACUGGAGUACAAUAAAGGUAAAAUCCAUGAUAUUACGGAUUCAGAGGCUUCAGCAGAAAGCAAUAGAAGCAGAUGAUUAUGAUAGAGCUGAGAAAUAUAGACGGAAAUUAGAAGAACUGGAGAAAGAAAAACAUUCUUUAAAAUUUCAACUUCCUUCUAGACAUCCUUCAAUUAGCAGUUUUUUGGAUAGGUUUGUCACCCAAAUUCAAGCAGUAUUGUGUUGGGCUGCCGAUGGGCAUGGAAAUGAAGAAACCCAACUUUGGCACGAAAACAGACAUAAAUUGUUGAGAUCCACUUACCAGGAGAGGAUACAGGUUUUGGCCAUGAAACGAAAUGACCUUUUGCAAGAAAAGAAAUGUUUACAGAAAGAAAUUGAAGACCUCCGAGUGAGACUGUCUGUAUUAGAAGAAAAAGAUCAACAGCUACAGAGAGAAAUUGAAGAACAGGAUAGACUUAUUCAGCCACAGGACUGUGAACUGACUACUUUGCUUGGAUGUGUUUCUUUGAGAGAACUACAGGAAAUAAGCAAGGCUGUGGAUGACACUUUAGCAUCCUCCUAUCAAAUUCCAUUCAGUUUGGAUCUACCAGGGACAAUAAAGAGCCUUCAGGAAAAAGAACAGUCGCUCAGCGUGUCCAUUAAAGAAACUACUGCCAAAGUUUGCACGAGUCAGAAGCUCUGCAGUACUUUAAGGAAGAAAGUGAAUGAUAUUGAGACGCAACUACCAGCUCUACUUGAGGCCAAAAUGCUGGCUGUAUCGGGAAGUAAUUUUGGUACUGCUAAGGAUCUGACAGAAGAAAUAAGAUCAUUAACAUCUGAGAAGAAAGAACUGGAAGGACUUCUCAGUGAGCUUCUAGUUUUGAGUGCCCGAAACAUCCGGAAACUAGAGAGAAUUAAAGAUGAUUACAACAAACUGAAGCAAGAGCUUGAACGUGGAGAGACUGCCUUUGCGACCAGCAUAAAGGAAAAUGCUGAAAAAUACAUGGAGAUGCUGGAAGACAAACUACAUGGCUGCGGGAGCCAGCUGCUUCAGAGAGUGUGGGAAGCUGACUUGGAGGCCUGUCAGCUGUUGAUCCGAGGGUUUCAACUGAAAGAAACCAGUUGCUGUGGCUUUGAGGAAGCGGAGAACCAAAUGGAUGAGCUGGAGAUGACUGCUAGUGGCCCUUCUAAUUCUGAAAAGAGGGAAGAAGAUCACUUUCCAAAGGGCACAGAGUGGAACAAUGUUUCCUGUCCCGGGCACAGUAAGCUGAAACAGGUUGUUGAAGACAUUUCAUUUGGAGCAGAGGGUCAUUUAUCUGAGGAGUUCUUCAUAUUUUCUGCAGAGCUGGGGGAGAAAUGUGAAGCAAUAAGUGAGAAACUAGUGCAUCUGGAAGACCAACUGCAAUCUUCAGUCUGCAGAGUUGAUGAAGGUAUAAUUCAGUCUCUGCAGAGGGAGAUCCAGGUGGUGAAGGAGACGCUCCAGACCGUGCUGCUGCAACUUCAGCCAGCCAGGGAGGCAGGGGACGAAAAAGCUGGAACUUCCUCUGUGACAGCUGGUGUCCAGGAAAGCAGGACUCAAAGGAAUAAUGAGCAGAAAGAGCUGGUAGGAUGACGUUAAUACACAAAGGGCUGCUUUUAGUAACUGAAUACUCUUUUACCAAGCCUCAGGGAUCUCUUCCCUCCCUGCAUAACUAAUAACUAAAUCAAUUAUGGAGAAACAGAGCCUGGAGGUCUAUCAUCAGAAGUAUUCUACACAGCCUCGCAUGUUUUGGCACAGAUUGGGAAACAGCUUUCAGAGCAGAACAUCCCUUGUAAAUGUGUAGAUUACAAAUUGAUACAUUUCAAGUGAGUCUGCAAAGUUGCCUUUAAUGUCAGUGAAAUGUUCUCCUUGAAGACUUGUAAACAGUAUCUGUCUUCCUCACUCACGGAUUUUUUCCCAUUUGAAAAAUGUAGUGUUAAAGCUGGAACAUCUAGUAUUUCUCAAAAAAAAAAAAAAUAGC